CUAUAUAUAUAUAUAUAUAUAUACAUAUAUACCUAUACACACUGGGAUAAGCUGUCAGCAUGAAGCCCCAAACGAAGUAUGGCGUUGCGGCCACAGCCGCGUCCACGCUGCUAGUGGAGGAUGUGCGAAAUUUUACCACUCGUCGACGCAAUCUGCUGUAUCUGAUGCAUCGCUAUUUGCUGGAGAAUGGCUAUUAUAAUAGCGCCGAGACACUGAAGGGCGAGGGUCGACUGACCGAGGAGUACGAGGUGUGCGACAACGUGGACCUAGAUGCCAUCUAUCUGGACUAUGCAAGCUAUUUCAAUAUGAAGUUCGGCAAGUAUCCGCGCGUGCUCAAAAAGAUGGGACCUAAGCUCAAAGUGGAGCUCAGCUCGACCAAGGGCGCCAGACCAGCAGAGCAAUCAGGGUCACAGUCGCACUCCCAGACCCAGUCACAGUCACAGUCGCAGUCAGUGCAGCGACCUGGCGAUUCACAGGCUUUUUGGCAUGCGGGCGUUGGUGCAGCAACUGCUGCGGCUGCCGCCAGCUUGGCCGCAGAUUCUCAGCAGCAGGGACCUGGCCAGCUGCAGGCCAAUCGACUGUCGCUGCACAUCAAAAAGAUGGAUACGGCCGAAACGAUGGCAGAGCCACGGAUCGCUGCAUUCAACGAAAUCGAGCAUGGACAUGCGGGCGACGAUGCGCUGUUCGCCUCGCUCGAAUGGCAGUCGCUGGCUGAGCUGGUCAAGACGAGCAUUCUGUGCGAAGACAUCAAGCUGCGCUGGACGGACAUCUGCGGCAAUCACAGCGCCAUUGAGCUGGUCAAGGAGGCGGUCCUGACGCCCAUCGAGUAUCCGCAGUUAUUUGCGCAUGGCCUGAAGCCUUGGCGUUCGUUGCUGCUGCACGGCCCGCCCGGCAGUGGUAAGACCUAUUUGGCCAAGGCUCUGUACGCCGAGACGCGCGGCAAGGUGACAUUCUUUAAUAUCACGGCCAGCAUAAUGGUGUCCAAGUGGCGCGGCGAAUCGGAAAAAAUACUGCGCGUUCUGUUUCAUAUGGCCGCGCGUCGUUCGCCCUCCGUCAUCUUCUUCGAUGAGAUUGAGAGUCUGACCUCGAAACGUGAUCGCGCCACCGAUCACGAGUCAUCGAAACGCUUCAAGAACGAGCUGCUUCAGCUGCUGGACGGCAUGGAGCAUACGCUCAGCGGCGUCUUUGUGCUGGCCAGCACCAAUCUGCCCUGGGACAUCGAUGAGGCCUUUCUGCGACGGUUCGAGAAGAAGCUGCUCGUACAGCUGCCCACUGCCGCCGAACGCUCCAAUCUAAUCAGUCGCCUGCUAGGCACCACGCUCAGUCUAACGCCCAAGCUGUUGGAGCAGCUGACAACCCUCUCCGAACACUUCACUGGCGACGAGAUACGUUUGGCCUGCAAGGAGGUCAGCAUGCAGCGUAUGCGCCAUGCCACACGUGCCUGCCGUGAAUCGAAUCCGCCGAAGGAGUCGCAGGCCGCACAGGAAAGCAGCGUAGAGCGUGCCUUCCAGCAGAUACGACCACUGGGCAUGAAGCUGCUGGCCAAGCACGAGCAGUGGCAACAAGAAAAUGGCUCAUGAUUUUCCAACAAUUCAAAUUAACUCAAGUCUAACUACCUAUAGAAUUCAUCGCAUAACACUAAACACGGGGAUUUUCAUGUUCUGGGAGGUGGCGCCCGCACAAACUACGCACAAAACAAUCUAUUUUAGGGCUCUAACUGAGGUUUACUGAUUGCAAAUAAAGAAAAAACUUAAGUUA